UUUUGCAAAGAUCGAUUAUUUCAAUAGUAACAAGGACUAAAUUGGUUUUUUUUUUUUAUAAGAAUCAAAAGAACAUAAAUUCGAUGCUUUAAAUCUAUUAUCAUUAGAUGAUAGACCAUGAAUCUCUUUUACCUUCUCUAAUUUUUUCCCCUUAUAGUAUGUAUUUAAUCUAUUUGGUAGUAGUUUUCAUAUAGUAUUUGUUCAAUCCCUUGGAGUAAUAACUAAUAGAAACUGGAUCUCUAAAUUUUUGUAUUCAUAUGAUGAAUCUUAUUUCACAAGUUAGAUCUCUUGAUCUUUCACUGAAAGUCUCUGUUUUUUUUUUUGUGUAUUUGCUACGAGUUUUAAUUUAGAUUUUCGAUUUAUAUGGCUUUACUAAAUAAUGAUUAUGCAAUUUCAUUCCUUAAAGUGAAUCAUAGUUGAUGCCAUUAUUUGCAGAUUGUAUGGAUUCGUAUAACAACAAUAGAGGGAUGUUUCGGGGUUUAGUUUGUAGCCCGGUGCCUCCAUUUACCGAGGGACAUGCCGCUAUGUGCGAUGAUCUGAGUAGUGAUGAAGAAAUGGAAAUAGAGGAGCUUGAGAAGAAGAUCUGGAGAGACAAGCAGCGUUUAAAGCGGCUCAAGGAAAUGGCGAGGAACGGUGUAGGAAAAAGAUUGAUGUUGAGGCAGCAUCAUGAUGAUUUUCCAGAGCAUUCGAGUAAGAGAACGAUGUACAAGGCACAAGAUGGGAUCUUGAAGUACAUGUCUAAGACAAUGGAGCGAUGCAAAGCUCAAGGUUUCGUUUACGGGAUCGUUUUAGAGAACGGGAAAACGGUAGCGGGAUCUUCUGAUAAUCUCCGUGAAUGGUGGAAAGACAAAGUGAGGUUUGACAGGAACGGACCAGCUGCUAUAAUCAAGCACCAGCGGGAUAUCAAUCUUUCUGAUGGAAGUGAUUCAGGGUCUGAGGUUGGGGAAUGUACCGCGCAUAAGUUGCUUGAGCUUCAAGAUACUACUCUUGGAGCUCUGUUAUCGGCUCUGUUGCCUCACUGCAAGCCUCCUCAAAGGCGGUUUCCUUUGGAGAAAGGCGUGACACCACCAUGGUGGCCAACAGGACAAGAAGAUUGGUGGGAUCAACUGUCUUUACCCGAGGAUUUUCGAGGACUUUCUCCACCUUACAAGAAGCCUCAUGAUCUCAAGAAGCUGUGGAAAAUUGGUGUAUUGAUUGGUGUAAUCAGACAUAUGGCUUCAGACAUUAGCAACAUACCGAAUCUCGUGAGACGGUCUAGAAGUUUGCAGGAGAAAAUGACUUCAAGAGAAGGUGCUUUAUGGCUCGCUGCUCUCAACCGAGAAAAGGCUAUUGUUGAUCAAAUAGCUUUCUCUAGAGAAAACAACAACACUUGUAACUUUCUUGUUCCUGCAACCGGUGGCGACACGAAUCUUUUAUUUCCUGAGUCUGCAAAUUAUGAUGUUGAAGUGAUUGGUGGCUCGUAUCGGAUCAAUCAGCAGUAUCCUGAAUUUGAAAACAACUAUAAUUGUGUUAACAAGAGGAAGUUUGAAGAGGAAUUUGGGAUAUCAAUGCAACCGAUACUCCUAACAUGUGAGAAUAGUCUCUGUCCUUAUAGCCAACCACAUAUGGGAUUUCAUGACAGGAACUUAAGAGCGAAUCACCAAAUGACUUGUCCUUACAAAGUCACUUCCUUCUACCAACCCACUAAACCCUAUGGCAUGGCCGGUUUAAUGGUUCCUUUUCCGGAUUAUAACCGGAUGCAGCAGCAGGUUCAGAGCAUUCAGGACCAGUUUAAUCAUCCCAACAAUCUCUACAGACCAAAAGCUCCACAAACAGGAAGCAACAACGAUGACUUGGUUGAGGAUUUGAGUCCUCCUUCGACGCUGAAUCAGAAUCUUGGUUUAGUCUUACCUACUGACUUCAAUGGCGAUGUGGAAACAGUAGGAAUGGAGAACAACAAUCAGCAGAAUCAAGAGCAAGAGUUGUCCACAUCUUGGAUUCAGUAAAGAAAGCUUCAUGGAGUUUUCUAUUUAUGUUUUCUAGUUUAUAGCUUUGUUUCUUGCUUAUUCUCUCAUUAAACACAGUUUUUGAUCUCUCCAUUUUAUAGCUUUUGUAGCCGUGGAGAAGAUUAGGUUUCAUAAUAAGUUAAUAACCCAUUCAUUAUUGAUUUGAAGAACCUCUCUUUUUGACAAAAGAAAAGUAGAAAAUGCUUUAUUUGUUUUC